CUGCUUACAACGACCCACAACAGAUGGCAUGCGGACGCCAUUUGACAGAGACUUAACCACCGAGUCUCAUCGGGUUUGUUUUGUUAUUAGAAAAGAAAUAGAAAAAGGAUAAAGGCAAACAUGGCCGACAUCCAUCAACAGAAUAGUCGUGAAACUUUUGAAAACAACAGCUACGUGACCAAAUCGUCCAUGACAGCAUCCGGCCCUCGUGUUGUCCAAAUUGUCAAAUCGGAAACGGGGUUCGGAUUCAAUGUGCGAGGCCAGGUGAGUGAGGGUGGACAGCUUCGUUCAAUCAACGGCCAGCUCUAUGCUCCUCUCCAGCAUGUCAGCGCCGUUCUCAAAGGUGGAGCAGCAGACAAAGCAGGCAUCCUUAAAGGGGACAGAAUCCUCGAAGUGAAUGGCUCUAGCGUCGAAGGAUCAACUCACAAGCAGGUUGUUGAUUUGAUCAAGUCAGGAGGUGACGUCCUAUUGCUGACUGUCAUUUCAGUGUCCACAAAGGAAGCCGAACGUUUAGAGCCCCAUGAAGAAACAGCUGGCUAUUCCUACAUUGAUUACUCUGAAAAACGCUCUCUACCCAUAUCCAUCCCUGAUUACCGCCUUGCAGACAAAAAGAAUGACAAAUAUGUUGUUUUUGACAUAUACAUGGCAGGCAGGCACCUGACAUCACGUAGGUACAGCGAGUUUGUUGACCUGCACAACAACCUCAAGAAGGAAUUCAUUGGAUUCAACUUCCCAAAACUCCCUGGCAAAUGGCCGUUUGCAUUAAGUGAGCAGCAACUAGACGCCCGACGCCGGGGGCUGGAACAGUACCUAGAAAAAGUUUGUGCAGUCCGCGUUAUAGCCGAAAGUGAUAUCGUGCAGGAGUUCCUGACGGAUUGCGAUGACGAUCAGGACGGUCUGCAGAAAGUGGAUUUAAAGGUUUUAUUGCCGACUCACGAAGUGGUGUCGGUUUCGGUUUGCAAAACGUCAACCACCCUCGACGUUUACAAUGCCACGGUGGAGAAAAUCUGCCUGGAUAAGGAGAGCGUGCAAUAUUUCGCGCUCUUUGAAAUCGUCGAAUACAAUUUCGAGCGCAAGUUGCAGGUGCACGAAGUGCCUCACAACAUUUACAUUCAGAAUUACAGCACGGCCUCGGCGACGUGUUUGGCUUUGAGGCGAUGGCUCUUCUCGCCGCAGGUGGAGCUGCUCCUGGCCCGUGACGAUCUCAUCUCGGCUUACAUGUUCUGGCAAACGGUCGAUGAAGUCAAUCGCGGCCAUGUGAUGGCGGGCGAGAACCUCUACCAACUCAAAGCAAUGCAGGACAUCAAUCGUCGCUCCGAGUAUCUAGCCUUGGCUCGGCAAUCGCCCGGCUAUGGUGAAGUCGUUUUCCCUCACUGCGGUUGUGACGCCCGUAAAGAAGGUCACGUCAUCCCUUCUUUAGGAUUUAACGCCUUUCGGCUUCAGGCGUGUAAGGAAGAUGGAUCUUUACAGAGCCAAGUCAUAGAAUUCGGCUGGGAAACGAUCCUGGCCUGGGAGGUGGACGACGAAGGCAUGGCCUUUUGUUUGCAGUACCACAGGCCGGACAAGUCGCCCCGCUGGGUCCGCAUCUUCACGCCCUAUUUCGUCUACAUGUGCGAUUGUUUCGACCGGGUCCAGGAGGAGCGCAAGUGGUCGGACCAGGCCAUGUGAGUUGUUGCAACUGGUAGAAGAAGACGAAGAAGAAGACGAAGAAAAGAAAAAUGUUUAUGUGCCCAGUCCUUUGGACGUCAGAUGGCUCUGCAGUUUGUUGCUAGUCAACCCGUUUGGAGGCAGCGCAGCACCAACGAAGCAGCGGGCAAUGGUUUUGUUUUAUUUCAUGGAAAAACUCUGCCGCAGCUCCGUCGAUAGAUGUCCCACCUCCCAUCUCUUUCUCUCUCUCUCUCUCACCUCGUGAUUUUCUCUUUUUUGGUUAUUUCUUCUUCUAUUCCCUCACUCAUUUCCCCCCGUAUACAACCCAAGUACUCUCCCGACUUCUCCCGUCUUUUACGAUCGCCGUUGAUUGUAAAUAAUGUACAGUCGCCUCCCGUUUUCCCUUUUUUUUCCCCAUUUUUUCUCUCUCCUUAUUCACUUCCCCACUUUUUGUUGUGUCGUUUUUCUUGCUGACCUUUUCUUUUCGCCCGGCGGAUGGUCCGUCUGGGCUCGAGUGCAACGUGCAUGGAUAGGCAACUAUUUCCUCCCGUCUCUCUUUAUCCCGCUCCUAAACACAUAGACACUCACAAACACGGCGCUCGUAUAACGAAGAGAAAGAAGAAGACAUACUCAGAAACGAAAUAGCUGUCCUUCCUUUUUCGAAUCUUUCAUUCGUUUGUGAUCGUUGACAUUUAGUUGUCUGACCCGUAGCGAGAGAGAGAAAAUGCAAAAGGGAUAAAUGUAGUUGUAUAAGUUAGGAGCCUCGUCUAGCUCUCCCUUUGACGUCUGACCAAGAGAAUAAUCCAACCAGUCGUUUACCCACCGUCAGCACUUUGAUCUUUUUCGUGUCCCGUACACACACACACACACACACACCCAGCUUCUUAUCUGUUUUUGAUUGUGUUUCUUUCGAAGCUUCUGAAGUCGGUAUAGCCUCCUCUUAUUUUUUCUCUCACUCCAUUCUUCAAAGGCCCGGGUUUAGAGAGAUUUAUAAUAAGGAGCCUCUGAGUUGCAUUCCACAAUUUCCCCAGCAUCGAAAAAAUAACAAUCGUCGUUCGUCGUCUGUCCACUUUUUUUGUUUUUCGUCUUCUCUUUUCUCUUGAUGAUUUGAAACCUUUUUUGGGGAUGAACGGUUGGUGAUGGAAUUGAUAGGUAACGUCUUGCAUACAAAUUUGUCUAAUGUGGCACACACACACACACGGCAGACAACACAAUCGUAUGUUUUCUUUUGUUUUUCUCGAUUUUGGCGCAGUGAAUUUAUUCAAAUCUAUACGGCAAAGGACAAAAACUCACUCUCUUUGCUUCUUUGACCAUUUCGGUCGACCAUACUCUCUCUCGUCGCCAUAUAUUAUGUAUUCGACUCUCUCUCUCUCUCUCUUAAUUCUGAAUUUUUUGUAAUGUUAUUAUUAUUAUUACCGCCUAUACCCCACCCACCCUGUUCUCACCCAACAAAAUCAUAUUUGCUUAUAUUACAAAAAAAUAACAUAAAAACUGUUGAAAACCCAAUUCAUUUGUUUCAAUGUUUUCUUUGAUUAUUUUUCAACAUUUUUCUUCGAAAUUGUUUGAUUACGGUUUAGCCCUAAUGCCUCCUCUCGCCCCGGUCGGCCAUUGGAUGAUGACGUGUAAAACGUGAAAAUAAAAACAUAAAAUCGCGA